UCAUUUUCCCUUAUCAUAUGCUUGUCGUUAGCCCUUAAUGAAAGGUAAAACCACAACUAUUACUAGCAUUAUUUAACCUAAGCUUCUAUAGUCAGUACAAAAGAAUCUUACAGGGCUUGGUACUACUGUUUUACAUUGCUUUUCCUCAAUUAAGUCCUCAGCACUUCAGCUCCUCUUUAAGUAAACUCUCUAACCUAAAAUCAAUGGAUCCACUGGCAUCUCAUCCAACUGCCUUUCCAGAUUUCCAACAAAACUAUCUGGAUUCCAACCGCUCCUCCUCAUGUUCCCGCCUUAACAAUACACGGGACAGGCCACUGCCACCCGUCCCUGGUGCCAAGCUACGCCUUAUGUGCAGCUACGGGGGUCACAUUAUCCCCCGCCCCCACGACAAAUCACUAUGCUAUAUUGGAGGUGACACUCGCAUUGUGGUGGUGGAUCGCCUCUCCUCCCUCUAUGACAUCCACGCUCGCCUUUCACACACCCUCCUCAAUGGUAACAAGUUCGCAAUCAAGUAUCAGCUUCCUAAUGAAGACCUUGACUCACUUGUAUCAGUCACCUCUGAUGAGGACUUGCAACAUAUGAUUGAAGCAUAUGAUCGUGCAAUGUUGGUUUCACCUAACUUGAAACCUUCUCGUCUUCGCUUGUUCCUGUUUCUUGAAAAGAUAGAAACUGCAGCCUCUAUGGGUUGUCUUCUUGAUGAUGCCAAAUCCGAAACAUGGUUCGUUGAUGCUUUUAACAAUGCUGGUUUUAUUUCCAGAGGGCUCUCUGAUUCAGCUGCAGUAGAUAAUUUGCUGGAACUUCACAACAUUCCGGAUAAUGAUUCUUUUGCAGACCUGGAGGCUCAAAAUCAUGAGUCCCUGGGCAAGAAUGCUAUUCAGGAAGUGAAUUCUACAAUGCCUGAUUCACCUAUGGUUGAUACAACCUCAUCAUUUGAAUCCACUGUUUCAUCUCAAUCUAUCAGAAAUCUGCUUCCUGUUGCGGUUAAAGGUGAAGAUAAUCACAUGAACGCGACAUUCCAGGAUCAGAUUCUUGGGUUAUAUGAACGGUUCUCACAUAUUAACGUCGCUUCAAAUGAACAAAAACUGGAUGAUGGUUAUAACCAUUUGCCUGCAGCUGUAGCACCAGCUCUUCCUACUGUAAUUGGUGGUGCAGAUGCUAUGUUAUCAGCUGGUUUUGUGAAAUCUACAGCUGCUAAUGAUGAUGAGAAAACAGAUCAUGUUGCGCCUACUAGGCUCCGGAAACUCCUAUUGAGGUCACUAUCAAUUCAGAAGAAAAAUGGAGAUGGUUAUAUCUUACCAUCACCUGAUUCAAAAUGUGCUGGUUACAAUUUGCCAUCACCUGAUUCUGUAGCAAGUGAUAGCAGCAUUGCCUCAGCUACUUCACUCGCAAAACACACGAUUUACCAAGAAGCAACUCAUCCUCUUGCAGUAAUUGAUUCCAGGAAUAAUAGUAUUGAUCCAAACUCUCCAAGUCAGAUGCAACAGGUUCAAGAUUCUGUAGUUAUACAGGCCUCCCAGCAAAAUCUGUACCAGCAACCACAGUUCAUUCCACCCGGCGCCCAUUACAUCAAACAUACUGCAACAGGUCCAGUGACAACGCCAUCUUACUAUCCAAUGUAUGCACUUCAAUCCCAGCAACCAAUACAUCAACAAAUGGAUCAGCAGUAUCAAUUGUAUUUGAUUCCUGUCCCUCAAAUGACAAUGCAAUCCAAUAUAUGUGGAGUAGCAUCAAGCCAGCAUCUGGCACCACCAAAUCCACCUAUUCUUCCGACAAAUACAGUUACGUCUUCUGAACCUGAAAUGGCUGCAAAUGCAUACAGAACAGCCACUCCAGCUUCUUCAAGAUUUCUUCAAGUUCCUACUAGUCAAUUUCAGCAACAAUAUUGUGGUCUAUCCCAGUUUUCUCCUCCAUCACAGCCACUGGCUGCUCUUAAUACUGCCAUUGCUAAUUUGAGCUAUGAAUAUUCUCAUCCUACGCAUGAUCAGGUGUACUACGCUCAACAUCCAGCUCCGCCAUUUCCUUUGCAGUAUCAAACAAUGACCCCUACUGCAGUUUUAUUUUCACAGGCUUCAGCACAACUAGCUGCCGAGAACACCACUUCACAAAACAUAACCUCAUAGCCUCAUUAAGUUAAAACAGGUAGUCAAGAUAGAAUAUCAGGUGUACUUUUAUUUUAUACUUCAGGUACAAGGAGGAAUGUCUAUUGUGGAGAACAGAGGUACUCUUCAUCCUACAGCGUGAUGCAGGCAUUCGUGAGGUUAAGAUGAGACUAGUAUAUGGUGUCUUACGAAGCAAUUUAAUAUCAGCAUCUGAACUGCAACGUAUGUAUUAUGCUCUCUUUUUCUACAUGUAUGUAUGUAUGUCUUAAUAAUUGGUAUUCUAUAAUAAAGAACCUGUUAGAUGAAUCCAACAUUUUGGUCAUCC